AUGGCGGUGAAGAGAUCUUCUAAGCUAACACAAACAGCAAUGCUAAAGCAAAUCCUCAAGAGAUGCUCGAGCUUAGGCAAGAAACAAUGCUACGACGAGGAAGGUCUCCCUCUUGACGUGCCAAAGGGACAUUUCCCGGUUUACGUAGGCGAAAAGCGUACGAGGUACAUCGUACCAAUCUCCUUCUUGUCCCAUCCCGAAUUUCUGAUCCUUCUUCAACAAGCAGAGGAAGAGUUUGGUUUCCACCACGACAUGGGAGGACUCACUAUCCCUUGUGAAGAAGUCGUUUUUCUCUCUCUAAUAUCCAUGAUCAGAUGA